AUGCAUGCGGGAGCAGAGGCGGUGGCAUGAAGUUUGAGAAGGAUGACGCACGUGGAGCUACGAAGAGAGAAUGGAGCAGCUGCAGGCUGCAGCUAUCUAGUGGCUUUAAUGGAGACUUGCUUCUUGGAUCACGUCCUGUUGUUCAUCACGCCGUGGCUUUCCCUUUUGUUACCCUAAAGAUUGAAAAAAGGGAUUCAAUCAUUCCUUACUACCUGUUGGACCCAAAAAAAAAAAAAAAAGCAUUCCUUUCCAUGAUUCUCUCUCCCCCGAUCAUUCUCUGUGAAAGAUACUAUUAUAUUAUUUAACACCAGGGCUAUUCAGACAUCAAAUGUAAGAAAAACGGUAGUGACCAAAGCCCCCAAUCGAAACUCUAAUUAAUCCAUUCGUACCAUCUGUCCUGAAAUUUCCAAUGAACCAUUUCUUUAUUUGUUUCCUUGGCGCCAGAUUUGAAAACCCCCCAUUAUCACCCAUGGUUUUCCUUUUCUGUUGUCAGUUUUUCCCCUUUAUAUAAACGUCGCAACUCCCUAAAGCUCAAUGUACUUUCCAGUUUCUGCUCAAUCACACCCUCGUUUGCUGCGUUGGGUUUUGUGAAUUGAUUCUUUGUGACAUUGAAACCUAAGUUUCCAUGGCUCACGGAAGCAAGCGGCUGGAGAAGGAUGACGCACCUCCACUGCCGCAGUUUCACCAGUCUGAGAAGCAAGACGGUGAUGAAGAAGAGGGCAUGGGACAGGAAGAACGUUCCGGGAAUCUGCCUUCGGCGGAAGGCGGUAGUGGACUCGAGAGAGGGGAAAAACCAGAAAGAUUCGAUCUUGACACCGAACAAGCGAAAAUAGAGUCAUUAACGGAAGUCACCGAAGCUGUCAAGAAAAGCCGCGGCAGAAAACGUAAGUCAGAGACGGAGGCCUCAGGAAACGAGAUUUUGGCGGAUGUGGCGAGGCGUAGUGCUAGACUAACGCAGAAAUCGUACUGUUAUGUUUUCUUUGACGAGGAAGAUGAAACUAAAAAAGGGCGACGUGUGAGAAGUCGUAAGAAGACGAAAGUUGCGGCAAAUGAAACAUCAAUGAUUGAAGAAGGUGUAGGAGUCGAGGACAAUGGUGAUUUAGGCGGAGAGAAGUUAGGACAUUUGGAGCAGGGUGAUCCUGGGGGUUCUGCGAAGGGUUGUGCUCUCGAAGGAGGAGAAAGUGGACACAAGAAAAUUUCAAAGCGUGGGAAGGCGGUUCAUAAUGCGAAGGCGGAAAAUAAAGUAUUGGAGGCUGAGGCUCAUGGUCCAAUGAAGAUGGCUAGAUAUUCCUCAGAAAGCAGUUCAUAUAAAGGCUAUAGUUUGAGGGCUUCUAAAUCUGAAGUUAAUAAGCAGGAGACAACCAAAGUAAACAGGCACGAUCCUGAAUGGAUUGAAAAGGAGUGCUUAAUGUGCCAUCAGUGUCAGAGAAAUGAUAAGGGGGAGGUUGUUAGGUGUACAAAAUGUAAGCGGAAGAGAUUUUGCAUCCCGUGUUUAAAGAGCUGGUAUCCUCAAUUGAGAGAGGAAGAUAUUGCCGAGGAGUGUCCUGUGUGUCGUGGAAACUGCAAUUGCAAAGCAUGUCUGAGCUCUGAUAAAUUAAUCACAGCAAUUAAGGAUGCAAAAAUCGAUGAAAAUGUGGAAGUUGAAUUCUUUAAGUAUUUGCUACCCAUGCUUCUUCCAUAUCUAAGGCAGCUAGAUGAAGAACAAAUGAUCGAGAAGGAGACUGAAGCCAAGCGACAAGGCGUCACACUUUCAGAGCUCCGGGUAGGAAGGACAGAUUGUGCAGAUAAUGAGCGUGUUUACUGUGACAAUUGUAAAACUUCAAUUUUUGAUUGUCACCGAAGCUGUAAAGAAUGUUCUUUAGACCUCUGUCUGGUCUGUUGCCGUGAGAUUCGUCAGGGGAAAUUGGUUGGAGGUGCAGAGCCAGUUGAGUUUGAGUUUAUCAGCCGGGGCCUGCACUAUAUGCAUGGUGAUACUGAAAAGGGGUCAACAAUAACUAAAUUAAAUGUUGAGACAAAGACUGAGGAUCGUGAUUGGUCAAGAUCUGGCUUGAAGGUUACAAGUGAUGGUAGCAUCCCUUGUCCAAGGGUUCAUGGUGGUUGUGGUUGUAGUUAUCUUGAACUUCGAUGUAUAUUUGCUGAUAACUGGAUUCCUGAACUUGUAAAGAAAGCUGAAAAUAUGGCCAAAGUGUAUAAGCUUGAUGAUGCAACACGGACAAGUAACCUGUGGUGUUCAUGUUUCAACCUAAAUGGUAACAACAAUGUUGGAAAUGAGAAUAGGAGGAAGGCUGCUUCUCGUGAAGAUCCCAAUGUUACUGACAAUUAUAUAUACUGUCCAAGGGCUGUAGAUCUAGUACCUUUGGAUCUGAAGCAUUUUCAGUGGCACUGGAGUAAAGGAGAGCCAGUGAUUGUCAGCAAUGUGCUUGAAUGUACAUCUGGUUUAAGCUGGGAACCACUUGUCAUGUGGCGUGCAUUCCGUAAGAUAACUAAUGCCAAGCAUGAUCAACAUUUGGAAGUAAAGGUCCUUGAUUGCUUGGACUGGUGUGAGGUUGUGGGAAGGAACAACUCUGCGUCAUUGGUUCCCAAUGGAGACAUCAAUAUACACCAAUUCUUUACAGGGUACUCAGAAGGUCGAAAAGAUUUUGCUAUGGGGCCUCAGUUAUUGAAAUUGAAAGAUUGGCCUCCUUCUAAUUUGUUUGAGGAACGACUACCACGACAUUGUGCGGAGUUCAUUUCUUCCUUACCAUACAAGGAAUAUACAAAUCCUCAUAAGGGUGUUCUAAACCUUGCUUCAAUGUUGCCAGAAGGAUACAUAAAGCCGGAUAUUGGUCCCAAGACAUAUAUAGCUUAUGGAAUUCCCAUGGAGCUUGGGCGGGGCGAUUCAGUGACAAAGCUUCAUUGUGAUAUGUCUGAUGCAGUGAAUGUUUUGACUCAUACUUUUGAGACGCCCCUUGAUGCUGACCUCCUAGCAACAAUAGAGGAUUUAAAAGAAAAGCACCUUAAACAUGACAGAGAGGAGCUAUAUGGCGAUGGUCAGGAAGUAGAAGCUAAUGUUGAAAAUGGAAAAGCUACAGAUUUUGAAAAUAAGUUGAUUGGAUAUGAUUCUGUGGAGGGAGGUGCUCUCUGGGAUGUUUUUAGGAGACAGGAUGUCCCUAAACUGCAGGAAUACCUUAAGAAGCACUUCAGAGAAUUCAGGCAUGUCAACUGCAUUCCAUUGCAGCAGGUUGUUCAUUCUAUCCAUGACCAGACCUUUUAUUUGACUAUGGAUCAUAAGAGGAAGCUGAAGGAGGAAUAUGGAAUUGAACCAUGGACAUUUGUUCAGAAACUGGGAGAUGCAGUUUUCAUUCCUGCCGGUUGUCCUCACCAAGUCAGAAAUCUUAAGUCAUGUAUCAAGGUUGCUCUCGAUUUUGUAUCACCUGAAAGUAUACAUGAGUGUAUUCGUUUAACCCAGGAAUUUCGCACACUUCCCAUAAAUCACAAGGCUAUUGAGGACAAAUUGGAGGUGAAGAAAAUGAUCAUUCACGCAAUGAGUAAGGUAGUGGGGACAUUGGAGAAAGCAAGGAAGAAAGAAAGCCAAGGCUCAAAGUAAUGAAGAUCUGUUUAAAUUGAAGCCUGUGGAAGUGUGGUUGUCUGCUUCUUUUCGAUAAUACAUAGCCAUCCUUUGUUUUGUUGCAGCAACCAUCAAUGAUGUGUUGUAUAGCGCUAGAAUGCAAAUUCUGUAAAUAAUUCCGUGGAUGAUGAUUAUGACUUGUGUACAAGCAAGGGCGCUUUUUCAAAAUGCACUUUGUCUGAGCACUUUUUUAAAUGAAUUAUUGUUGUUGUUGUUGU